GUUUAUGGGCUGAAACGACGCAGAAGGAAAUCAGCGAGUGCUGGAUUAAUGUAUGAACUCUGGAUUAUGCUGUUCCAGUUUCAGCUUACCUGAAGCACAGUGAGAUCACCGGAUUCUGGGCUUCGUCUUUGCGGACCAAACUCUGUCAGCGGCAGCCAGUGUGCCAGUGCGAUGCAGCUGCUGCUGUGCUGACCAGCAGCGGCUCAACAAGUCAGAACACUGGACAGCUGACAGGGCUGGAGCCUGGAUGUAACAUUUGAGUUGGUUACCCUGCUUCAGUGUGCCAUGUGUGGGCCCUCUCUCCCGCUGCGUCUGCUGCUCUGGACCGUAGGAGCAGCUGUCUCUACGACGCAAGGUCAGGUUUUAGCUCCUGCCAGUCUGACCGCAAACGUAGGUCGCCCCCUCCUGCUUGGCUGCAACAUCACAACGAAACCAGGUGAUAAGGUCCACCAGGUGCGCUGGGUCAACAGGCUCAACAAGGUCAUUCUAGCAUAUGAGCAAAACGUGCCACCCCGCUUGAGUCACCAAGACCCAAACGUGAAGCUCACUGUCUCCCGGAACGGCGCCAGCUACAUAACCUUCAAGAAGGUGCAACCCACUGAUGCCGGCUGCUACCAGUGCAUCUUUGAUGUUUACCCCACAGGCCAGCAAAAAGGCUCGAUAUGCAUCAAUGUCAUUGGCCAAGUGCAUUUGGAUGGCAACAAGACAGCCAUAAGUGGGAAGCCGACCACCCUUUCCUGCUGGUACAACCUCCCUGAAAGGGUUCAACAGGUCCUGUGGAGGAAGACGGCCGAGCAGGGCGACACCGCCACUGUGGCCUCCUUUGCUAAACACAACCACUACAAAAUAGAGCAUCAGUUUAAGGGUCGGGUUAGCCUGAGUCGAACCCUGGGAGACACCACGCUGACCAUUGAGGCUGUGCGAACAGAGGACGAGGCCUGCUACACCUGUGAGUUCCACACGUACCCAGAUGGGACCCAGACCGCCAGGGCUUGCCUCUCUGUUUAUGUGUUACCCAAACCGGAGGUGAGCCAGGUGACCUCACCCUCAGGGAUCACCGAGGCCAACUGCACGGCCCAGUCCCGACCUGUGGCAGAGAUCGUGUGGAACGUCGGCGAUGACAACCGAACGCUGGGGCCGCCCAUUUCAUCAGCCUACGAUCAGGGCGAUGGCACGACGAUAGUGACGAGCACGCUGUUGUUCCACUCGGGGCUGUUCAGUGACCUGUCCAUUAAGUGCAUCGUGCACCACCAGGGUUUGGAGAAACCCCUGACGCUGUCCCUCAACACAAACAUGGGUUCAGCCAUGGUUAUCCUCCUCUCCGUGUGCGGUGUGGCAGCGGUCCUCCUCCUCUGCUUGUGUGUGUGUCUCUGCAAGUGCUUCAUCUGUACUGACGACUGAUUUGGAGUCCGCCGUCACCGCUGCUUUGAUGAAGGUCCAGCGGAGCUCUGAGCCUGACCUAGCUGCUCAGCACCGUGCCCUCCAGUUCAGUGUUCAGAAGAAGGGAACAGAGCUGAGCCAACACUGAGCUGGGCUGGGAGGGCACUGCUAGUGUGGACACAAUGUUAAUACAAAGUAAACAGAACUAAAACCACAUUAUUUAAUGCUAGAUAUUAAACUUACUAUAGAGCACUAGAGGUGAUUGUUGAUGAAGCCCUUUUUGUAAUAUAUAUAGAAAGGUUUACAGAUGCAUGAGGAGGCAUCACGGAGGUCCAGUGUUUGGGAGAAAACAGUGUUUCCUGCCUUAAAAAAUGUGUGUCUGUGUGUGUGUGUGUGUGUGUGUGUGCGCGCACGCACGCGCGUGUGUGUUAGCUAUUUCUCAGAUGUCAAAUGGUGAUAAGUUAUAUAUAUUUUUCCAGUUUUUGUAGCCAUAUGCUUGAGUGUAAUGUAAAUUUACAUGCAGUUGUUGUCAGUUUACGUCCACCCAUCAUGGCCAUGAAGGUCACAGUAACUUUGGCCUUUUAAUGAUUUUAUUGAACUGCUGCUUUUUCCAGGAUGCAGGAUUUUCUCUGAGCCACACAGUUGAAAUGAUAAAUAAAGGCUCAAAUAUAUACAUACACUCACUCAAAUCUGUGCUUCUGAAGGUUGUACAAUGUCUAAAUAUGGCAAGGCCAAGGUUUUUUAACUCCUCAUUAGUGAUCAUGAUUGACUAUACCUGAUAGUUCCACUUUACCAGCAUAAAAAGCAUUUGUUUGACAGUGUCUGUGUAUACUUGAGACUUUAUCAUUUUGAUUUUGUGUGGAUCCAAGAAAUUAUAAAAUAAAUUCAAACUUGUGCAUCCAGUUCUUGUGUUUUAAAGCCAUUAAAGAUGUCUGCUGUACAAUUGUUACAUUCUGGAAAAAGAUCAAUUCAGAGAAAUCAUUAAAAGCCCCCAAAUUACCAUCAUAUUCAUGCCCAUGAUGAGUGGAUGUAAACUUCUGAUCACAACUGUAACUACAUUUUUUUUUUAUGAUUUUGGAAUUGGUUAGCUUCCAUUCCAAACACCGUAGACAAUAACUUUUAUUAUAUAAUUUUAUAUCCUGCCUUAUACCCUUUAAAACUUCGAUCUUUCGUGACUAAACUAGCAAAACUCAAGUUGAUGAAAUAUUUGUCGGUGUCAACAUUAAUGUCAGACACUAACUGAAAAUCUUUUUUGAAUCUGGGAGCCCACAGACAAAAAAUAUGACACAGAAUAACCGAAACAACCAAAACUGUUUGGACUUUUUGAUUGUGAAAACACUUUAUUUUUUCAAAACCUUUUACAGUGGCUGAAAAUUUCAAGCCACAUCAGUUGCUCUUUGCCUGAUUGCUGUGGGCCACCAGCCUGACAACCGCGAGGGUUGUUACAUCACCUGACAGCCCUGCUCGCUUGUGGUUGGCACGUAGACGAGAGGGAUGGUUAAAAGGGCCGCUGAUUAUGAACUUGCAAGUUACGGGAAAAGCAGAUUGAGGCAACAAGAAAAAAAAAAAAAAAAA